GAGCAAACAUUCAUGCUAAACGUUAUCGUACAAAUGUUAAAUUGAGACGAGCUCAAUCACCAUCAUUUGAUAAACAAUAUCGACAAAAGGUAGCUGCUCGACAAGCUAGAUUACGAAGUAAAAAAAAAGAAGGAAAUAUUCCAUUAGAAAUAACAAGAACGAAAUCAACAUUGCGUAGAAAAGAAGGUAAAAAACGUCGUAAAGAACAUAUAAAUCAUUUGAACACUACAAUUGAUCAUCUUCAACAGACAAUUGAAAAUCAAAGAAAUUUAAUUAAGAAAUUGAAGCGUUUAAACACAAAUCCGCCAACUAGUAAGAAAAUAAAAAAAGAUAAAGUAUGUGAAGAAAACAAUCAAAAUCAGUUAGAUGUUAUCGAAGAAGCUAGUAAAACACCAAUGAAAAAUGUAUCACAAAUAUUAAUGAAUCAUGUUAGUCCUUUAGCACGUGAAAGAGCAACAAGAAGAAUUAUUAGUGAUAAAGAUUCAUUUCCUCGUGGUACAAUAACAAAAAUACGUAAAGAAGCCGGUAUUAAUUUAUCUAAUAAAUAUACAGCAAAAAAAAUAAAUGAUUCAGAAUUACGUACAUCAAUUAUUGAAUUUUUGACUAGAGAUGAUAAUUCAAAAGUUUGUCCAGACAAAAAAAACGUAAAAAAUAAUGUGGCAACACGAUUUAGAUUACAUCAUUUAUCAAUAUUACAUCAGCGUUUUAUUACUGAAACAGGUAUUGAUAUACAUUAUUCUACAUUUACAAGAUAUGUUCCAAAUAAUAUCAUUAAACCUCGAGUACAAGAUUGGGGAACAUGUUUAUGUGUAUUGUGUAUAAAUCCAGAAAUGAAACUUCAAAAAAUUAUUCAAUUAAAAUCAACAAUA